UGGUAGCUCAUAUCGACGGGAACCAGUCAGUAGGUCGAUCGGUCGAAGUGUGCGUUGUGCACACGGGUCAAAAGUAAAGCAAGGCGGACAUGCGUAAAUGAAUGCGAAGAAUUUUCUAGACAUGUGCCGGUAGCUUCAUUCAGAGAGAACUGGCGUCAAAUUCACACAAAUGUUGUAAUUUUGUACAGUAUUUAUUUCCGCAAACAAGGUAGCACAUCUUCCUAGUAUUUUUUAUAAGUGUCUUUAGCAUGGCCGUGGUUGGUUUUGACGUCGGGAAUAGCUCGGCUUACAUCGCGGUUGCACGAGGUGGUGGGAUCGAAACGAUAGCUAACGAAGACAGCGACCGGCGAACACCGACAAUUGUGAGUUUUGGAGACCAUAAUCGUAUGCUUGGAUCUGCAGGAAAGACACAGGUUAUCUCAAAUUAUAAAAAUACAGUCACAGCCUUCAAGCGUCUUGUUGGGCGUAAGUAUGAUGACCCUUUGGUACAAGCAGAACUUCCUAGGAUGCUCAAUGAGGUAGUCAGGACACCAGAUGGAGGUGUUGGAGUUAAGGUGCAGUAUAUGGGCGAGAAGGAGACUUUCACCCCAGAGCAGCUCUACGCCAUGUUCCUCACAAAACUCAAAAUGACUGCCGAAGCUAGUCUCCAGACAAAGGUCGUCGAUUUUGUUCUGUCGGUACCACAGUAUUACACUAACGUAGAAAGGAAAAGUAUACUCGAUGUUGCUUCAAUAGCUGGUAUGAACUGCCUAAGAAUUAUCAAUGACACAACUGCCGCUGCCUUGGCCUAUGGUAUCUACAAGCAAGAUUUACCAGCACCUGAAGAGAAACCUAGAGUGGUUGUAUUCGUGGAUAUGGGUAGUGCAUCUCUUCAAGUCUCUGUAUGUGCAUUCAACAAAGGAAAAUUAAAGGUUCUCAACGUAGGCAGUGAGACCUGUCUAGGUGGCCGAGAUUUCGACCAAGUCAUCGCCGAUCAUUUCGUGGAGGAGUUCAAGACAAAGUAUCGCAUCGACAUUCGGGAAAACGCCCGUGCUCUCCUUAGACUCACGCAGGAAUGUGAAAAACUGAAGAAACUGAUGAGCGCCAACGCCACAGAGAUUCCCAUGAACAUUGAGAGUAUAAUGAAUGAUCGGGAUGUCUCCGGCCGGAUGAAGAGAGCUGAUUUUGAAAAUCUGGCAGCCAAUCUAUUAAAGAGAAUUGAGAACACACUCAAAUCAGUUCAGACUCAGAUAA